AUGGAUGACGGCAUUAAAUAUGUAGAGGUUCUAUCCUCGGAUAAUGAACAAAGUGUUAUAAAUGAGAAGAGGUCACUAAAACAGAAAAAGUCAACACUGAACGCACCAGAAAUAGUGUACGAUGUUGAAGAUGUUUUGUCAAGCGAUGAAGACGAUGAGCUACAAGUGAUUUCUGAAACGAACAGGCCUACCAAAAUGAGAACCCAGGUGAGUAGAAAGGAAGAAAAUGAAAGGGUAUGGAGAGACAUAAUGGGAAGUAGUGACGAUGGCAACAAUUCAACGCCUAAUGAAGGGAAAAAUGAGGGCACAAACAAAAGCCAACGGAAUGGGAGGAAAACCAAAACACUGGAAAGCGUAUCGUUUGGAGGAUCUGAAAAGAAUGUCAGCUCAAUGAUAGAAAUUAGUGGAUCAAGUCCGAUAGUGGUUGGUGGAAGCUCAAAAAGCGACAAAGGCAACAUUUUAGUGGAUGAGGUGAUUAAUAGUGACGACAAUGGUAACGGUGAUUAUAUAUUGGAUGAUCUAGGUGAUUCAAAGACGAACCAGCGAAAAAAUCUCCAAGAAAAUAAUGAACAUUCAAGGAGAAAUUCAAGUGCUGGAGAGACGCCUAGCUUUAAUAUGAAAAGAGCAAGAAAUUCUCAAAUACUAUUAUCUGAUAGUUCUGAUGGUUUGCCACGCACAGAAAAUUUGAGAAACAAGAGACAAAAAAGACAAUUAUAUGUUAAUGGUCUUGAAAUAAACACAAUAGGACAUAGCUCUCCCAAUAACAAGUCAGAAUCAGCAGGGCAUAGCUCUUCCAAUGAGAAUUCAAUACCAAUACUGGACGCUGACAAUGUUCCUUGGAAGACACCAAAAGAAAAUUUUCCGUUUGUGGGCUCUUCUGAUGAUGAGGAAGAAAUGUCAGCAUACAGAAAGUCCUCGCGAUCUCAAAUUCGUAAUCGGGGCUUAGAAUUACUGAGCAACGAAGAAGGAGAUAGUACACCACAUCAUGAUAGUGAUACUGGUUCUAAAGACCAUAUUGACAAUGAAAUCCUUCCUCGGCGAAGAACUGAGAGUCCCAGAGGAUCAAGUGUUGUUGGACCGCAAGUCUCACUUCUAUCGUUAGCGAGAACCCCUUCGUCAAGACUGAUUAGGAAGAAAUCAACCAAUACUGAAAAUCUUGGUGAUGAUGAAGCCAGCGGCAUUAUGAUAUCAGAUGGAGAUUCUGAUGGAAAUUCUGAGGUAGAAGAUAUUGUGUUUAAAUCUGCCGCAAAGGACAGAACCAAAGCCAUCAAAAGCGCUCUGAAGAGGAAUAAUGGCGGAUGCUGGCUUUCUAGCUCCCUUCCCAGCGACCCCAUUGAAAAUGACACUACGGAUAUAAGUUUCUCACACUCACCAUUAAAGUCCAGAACUAUCAAACCAAGUCGCUCAAUGCCAGCCUUACCAACAGCAAAAGCAACCAGAGCACCAACAAGAAGUAAAACAAACUGGACCAACGCUGGGUAUUUGACUAAUUUCAGCAAAAAAGAUUUGACACUGGCUAAUAAAUCAAAAAGAUCGAAAUCUGAAAUGGAGGCAGAAAUGAUCAUGAAUUUAAACGAGAAUUUUGUGAAACAGUUAGGAAUUACUUUGGACAGCUUAAAGCUGGAUUUUGACCCCAGAACAGUGAGAACGACAACUAUUGAAGGGGUUUUGAGGGAAACUCGAAAUAGCUAUGCUUCCAUCCAAGACCAAAAGUUUGAAGGGGUUAAAAUUCCAAGAGUGCCAUAUAAUACUUCCCUGAUUAAUGAUAUUGGUUUCGAAUUGAUUACAUGGAGUAGAAAGACAAACAAGGUAAGGAGUGAUAAAUACGAAUGUUUUAUACCCAUGAAAGAAACGCUUAAUAUUUUGACGGAAGUUGUUGCAAUUUAUUAUGAUGCAGAGGAAUUUAUUUUUGAUUAUGAAUCUGGAAAAUUUUUGAAUGAAUUCAGGAAAAUGAAACAGAUGUUUUAUCCCGAUACUUUUUGUCAAUUUGUGUUGAUUUUAAAAGGAUAUAAUAAUUUAAUUUCGAAGUCUAAAAGGAAGGUCAAUCAACAAUAUGUGAGAAAAGUGAGGGAUAUGAUGGAUGGUAAUGAUCCUUCUCAACCAUCCCGAAAUAAUAGUGGUCGGAAGAGCAGUAAGAAGUCGAAUAGAAAAGAGACCAGUCUCACAGAAGCACAAAUCGAAUCAAUUAUCAUUGAUAUUCAAAUUCGACAUGACGUACAUUGCUUCCCUAUUAAUUCUAUUGCAGAAUCUUUAAUGUGGUUGAAGGCCAUCACCUACACAAUUAAUGUUGCCUACUAUGAUCAAUUUUCUGCUACAAAUAAUGAAUUAACCACCACUUUGGGACCCAUAAAGAGCGGUGAUUCUCCACAUGAUAGUUUUAAGUAUGCUUUACAGCAACUCAAGUUUGUGACCAAAAGUACUUCUGAGAGAAUUACCGAUAAAUACACCAGUAUCAUGAAACUUUAUAAUGCUGCCAAUAAUAAAACGUCUUUGGGAAGUGGUAGAGAUGGCAAGAAAUUAGUGAAUACGAGAAUAGACAGUACUAUCAUUAAAUUGUUUCAAUCUGAUAACCCUGAUGAAUUAUUAAACUUGGAUUGA